AUGACCAAGGAAAAACGUCUGUCCAUAAAGGAAAUAGAAAAUAUUGAUAUCGAUAAAUUUAAUGAACUCUCACGUUUUACAAAAAAUAAACAUAGGAAAAAUGCUCUAAAAGGAAAAGCAUAUAUAAAAAAAUUAGUAUUACGUAGACAAAAAAAAGACGAAAUAAAGUGCAAACAAGCAUUAAAUAUACCUGUUGAAAAAAAAAUACCAAGAAGUAUAGAGAAGUUAGCAAUUUUUGAUGAAUCUAAAUUAAAUGCUGAAAAUGAAAAAUUCUUAUUAGAUGAAACAUUUAUAGAUGAAUUCAGUGAUUAUUUUAAACAAAAUAAAGAACCAAAUAUUGUUAUAACAUCAAUUAAAAGACCAUCAAAAAAUACUAUAUUAUUUAUGAAGGAAUUAUCAUUAGUAUUUCCACAUAUUUUUUAUGAGCCCAGAUUAAAACACUCAAUUGAAUUUCUUAUAAAAAAUUCAAUAGAAAAUAAAUUCUCUACAUUUAUAUUAAUUGAAGAAGGUAUUAAUAAACAUCCAAAAUAUAUGUUUAUAUGUACCUUACCAAAUGGUCCUACAGCUAAAUAUAAUUUAACAAAUCUUGUUUAUGCACACAAAAAAAAAAAAACAGACAUUGAAAUUACAACAUUACCUCCAGAAGUUUAUAUAACAAAUUUUAAUACAUUCAUUGGUCAGAGAAUAAAAAGACAAUUACACACCUUAGUACCUCGUAAUCCUAAGUAUAAAGGUCAAAAAAUUGUUGUUUUUUAUAAUCAGAGGGAUUUUAUUUUUUUUCGUCAUUUUAAAUAUAAUUUUCUUAACAAAAGGAAAUGCAGUUUAAAUGAAAUAGGCCCAGGGUUUACCUUACAGUUACUUAGCUUGAAGGAUGGACUUAUUAACGAUAAAGAAAAAAUGUACGAGUUUGUGCUACGUCCAGAUAUGAAAGUUAAUAGAAAGAGGAUGUACUUGUAG